UUUUCUUCUUUUUGGUGUCAAAACAAGAAAGCCACCCCUCCUCUCUUUACAGGAGAUUGUAUGUGAACCUUCUCCUUCUCCUUCUCCAUUUGCUAAAGAAAGAAUUGCUCGCCAGGAGGCGACACGGCGCGGAACGCCGGCAGCCUCAAUGGAGGGCAACUACUCGUUCUGCGUUGCCUCGGGCGGAUUAGCGAAAGCGGGGUUGGCGAUCGGAUGCUGAGGAUUUUAUGCGCCGUUAGUUACGUCAGCUUUCCUUCGCAUCGGGGUUUCCGCCGGCCCAGACGAUCAGGACCAACGAUAUAUUGCUCCUUUAGAAGAUUCUAACUUGCAUAUCACACGGUCACAAAAGCUUUUUGCUUGCCAAGAAAAGGGAUGGCUUCCUACACAUUGUAUCACCAUUCAUUAGGGGCACUUUGUAGGAGAAGCAAGGAGGACAAGGAUAUCAACAUGAAGCUGCCUAAAACUACCCAAGGGCGCGUCGAGGCACCGAAGCUUCGCAAGCUUGGAACCACAGCGCUCAUCAUCUGUUGUUUGCUCAUCUCAUUCUUCUUUUUUGUUGUGCUUAGGCCAAGUUUCGAUCCUUCGUCAAUACUGAACUUGCACACAAAUAUUACAAUUCAAGUACUUGAAGAAAAUACAAGCUUUGUUGACGAACGAAAUUUUGAAAGAAAUAUUUUAUCUCCUCCAGUCGAGGAGCAACGCGAGGACAAUUUCACAAGCACAAAUGCUACAUUAAUAAGCUGGCCUCUCCUCCGUGAAGAGAAAGGAAGCGAAAGCAUGAGAAUCAAUGGCAGCACUAAUGCCGAAGAAGAAAAUACGAAGAGCAAAUUGGAAAUCGCAGGUGUGGAACUCGAAUCCCAUGUUGAUGUCGUAGAACGGAACCAAGAGGCACAUGACAUAGUGGGAGGCGAGGUGCUUCCAAAGAGCAAUAUAUUGUGUGAUUUCUCACAGCGAAGAUCCGACACUUGUGUUGUGGAAGGGGAUGUUAGGGUUCUCGGUCGUGCUUCCACAAUCAUCUUAGCUGGGGACCUUCAAUUACAUACAUCACCACAAGACACAUGGAAAGUCCGACCCUACGCACGAAAAUGGGAACAACCAAUCAUGGAGAAAAUCAAGGAACUCACACUUAAAGGACCAAUUAAGCCAAAAGAGUCUCCUAAAUGUGUGGUAAACCAUGAUGUCCCUGCCAUCAUCUUCUCCACUGGAGGAUUCUUAGGCAAUUUCUUUCAUGACUUCACUGAUGUUUUGAUCCCUCUCUUUAUCACUUCUCGCCAAUAUAAUGGAGAUGUGCGGUUCCUCGUGACCAACUUCAAUUCCCGUUGGAUCAAGAAGUAUCAACCGUUGCUCUUGCGGCUCUCCCGUUUCCCAAUUAUCAACUUGGAUGGCGAAAAGAGCACCCAUUGCUUCCCAAAAGCUCAUGUGGGUCUUAUAAGCCACAAGGAGCUAAGUAUCAAUUCAAGUAUUUCUCCAAAUGGUUACUCGAUGACCGAGUUUCGAGAGCUUUUGAGGACAUGCUACUCCUUGAGUAGAAAUUCCGUUAGCAAGGGCACUAGGAGACCGAGACUAUUGAUAGUAUUCAGAAAGGGUUCACGAACCUUUAUGAACAAAAAGGAAGUUAUUUUGAUGGCCCGAGGCCUAGGUUAUAAAGUAGUGCUCGCGGGGCCCGAGGAGACACAUAAUUUGCCACGAUUCGCACGUAUUGUGAACUCAUGCGAUGUGAUGAUGGGUGUUCAUGGGGCGGGGUUGGCUAAUAUGAUGUUUUUACCGGACAACGCAACUUUGAUUCAAAUAGUCCCAUGGGGCAGGUUGGGUUAUGCGUGUAGGCAUGAUUUCGGAAACCCAGCACCCGAUAUGGGGUUAAGAUACCUGGAGUAUGAGAUAAGAGAAGAGGAGAGCUCUCUAAUAUAUCAAUACCCAAGAGACCAUCCUGUGUUUUCUGAUCCGCUUUCAAUUCACAAACAAGGAUGGAAUGCUCUUUGGUCUAUUUUCCUUAAUCAACAAAAUAUUAAGCUUGAUGUUAGAAGGUUUAGAGGUGUCUUGCAAGAAGCUCUGAAGUCUCUUCGAUAGUCAAAAUUUGUAAUUUCUUGUAAUGAUUUUGUAAUUUCUUGUCUUGUAAAGUGAGAGUUGUAUACAUCAAAAAAUGAGAAAAUUGUUGUUUAUUCAUUGAAC